CCGAGCAUUCCCCCCCCCUCCUCCCCAGACAUACAUAGACAGAAGCAGGCAGACGUUUCCCCCCUUCCUUCCUUCCCACCCUCAGGCCGGCCCUCCUUGCCUCUCCCGCCGUCGCUGGGACCGGAGACGGGUGGCCGCGGCUGAGGGCAGAGGUUCCAAGAGGGGCCUUUCCCGCCGUGGUUUUUGCCGCUCUCUCCUUUCUAAUGAUGGCGACCCCUGACGUGAGCGUUCACAUGGAGGAGGUGGUGGUGGUGACGACCCCAGACAACGUGGUGGAUGGCAGCGGAAUGGAAGAGGUGAAAACGGUGCUUGUCUCACCCACCAAUCCUGUCUAGCACAGUGGCGAUCUAAACGAAGACACCUUAGAGUCAGAAAAUGCAGCUGCUGCAGCUGCCGCCGCCUUCACAGCUUCCACGCAUCUGAAAGAGGCCCUCUUAGUGAAGAUGGCUGAAGGAGAUGAGUGCAUGGAAGCCGAGAUUGUUUACCCCAUCACCUGUGGAGACAGCAAAGCCAACCUGAUAUGGCGGAAGUUCGUCUGUCCCGGCAUCAAUGUGAAAUGCGUCCAGUACGACAACCACUUGAUAAGUCCCAAGGAGUUUGUGCAUUUGGCUGGCAAGUCCACCCUCAAGGACUGGAAGAGGGCCAUCCGGAUGAAUGGGAUUAUGCUAAGGAAGAUCAUGGAUUCGGGCGAGCUCGACUUCUACGAACACACAAAGGUGUGUUCGAACACCUGCCGAAGCACCAAAAUAGACUUGACCGGAGCCAGAGUCUCUCUAACUAGCCAGACUUCGACUGAGUACAUCCCUCUCACCCCUGCCUCGGCUGAUGGUAAUGGUAUCACCAUAGAAACUUGUGACGACUCCGAUUGGACCACCAGCAUCGGAGACUCUACCUUCUCCUUCUGGCGAGGUUUGAAGGAUGCAGGCCUGCUGGAAGAGGUGAUCCAGGAGUUCCACCUGGAGUUCAUGGAGAAUAUGAAAGGCCUCCAGCAGCGGGUUCAAGAUCCUCCUUUGCAGAUCAGUGAUGCCAUUUUACUCAACAAUACAGUCCAGAACUUUGGCAUGAUCGAUCUGGUGAAGAAAGUUUUGGCGAGCCACAAAUGCCAGAUGGACCGUUCCCGAGAGCAAUAUACCCGAGACUUAGCAGCUCUGGAGCAGCAGUGUGAGGAGCACCGCAAGAGAGCGAAGGAGCUGAAGAACAAAUCGCAGCACCUGAACAACGUGCUGAUGACCCUGACGCCGGUCUCCAUCCCGUCCCCUCUGAAGCGCCCCCGGCUGACCAGGGCCACGUCCGGGCCCCCCGCCAUCACCUCCCAAGUCCUGACCCAGCCCGCGCAGAUUGCCCUGGCUCCGGGGAUGCCCGCUGACCCCAGCCUCGCCAACCCUCCUGGGCCGGGUAGCGGUGGCUGCUCUCCCGGGGUCUCCACAACGGAAGGCUAUACGGCGCAAGUCACUUCCAGAACUCUCCCCUCCUAGGCGGUUGGGCACCGCCCUUAAGGGCCGGCAGGUUCCUCUUUCCCCAACACUGUUGAGUUUCACCCGGACGCCUCCAACCUCACGGUCCUGAGCACGGCGGCCAUCCAAGACGGCGGCACCGUGGUCAAAGUGGUCAGCCCUUUCCAGCUGCUCACCAUCCCGGGACUGGGCACGGCCAUCCAAAACAUGACGCAGGUAUCUCCCAGCGGGAGCACGAUCGUGACCGUGCCAUCCAGCGUGGUCGAGGGCGCCGCGGCCACGGAAGAGCACACCACCAUCGAGGUGACCACAGUCGCGGAUGAGCUGGAGCAGAAGUGAAGCACGGACUUGGGUCUGCUUUCCGGGGGGGGUGCUCUGAGCUUGCGCCGAACAGCUGUGCCUCCGUGCCGAGGAGAGGAGAGCGCUGGGGAGAGAGCGAGAGAGACGGAUUGGCUACCGGGAAAACAGGGAGGCUGGAUUUACAGGAGAGAGAGAGCUGGGGGAACACAGCGGGAAAGCCGGAGGGGAGCAACUCCCUGUCCCAUAGGAACUAUUAAAACCAAGAGCUCGUCCAUCCUCUUCUUGUUAGCCCUGUCCAUCCCUUGCCAUCCCAGCUGGAACACCACAGUUUGUAGGGCGAACAGGACAAGAGAGAGAGAGAGAGAGAAGUUUCAGAGGGGAAAAAAGAGAGAAACAAUGAGGCAGCUAGCUGGUAUAGCUCCAGAAACGGCAGUGCAGGCAGCUGGAAGUAACCGGCCUGGGGUUCAGGCACGAUUCGGAGUGCUGCAUGUGCACGUUCUUGUGCCAUGCGGCGGGUGGUUGGUCCCCUGCCUUUUCUCAGAAGAGAGGAGAAGCGCUCUGGAAGGCGGGCCUGUAUAAAAUGGGCAUGGAGGCUCAAGUAGGGACGGUCCUGUUUGCAAAACGCACAUAAGAGGCAAAGCAAGCGGGAAGUUCUCUGGCGGGCUUUGGCUCGCUUUGGUUGCCGAACGCAGACCGCUAUCACCCAUUGCGACGUCGCCUUGUCGUGAUAAACUCGUGGCUUUACGCUUCAAGCCCUGAGCGUUUCAGGAGGAUAGGUUGCAUGCAGGGCUGUGUUGGCAGAGAAAAGCUCAGUCACGCUGUGGCUUAAGGGCCCCUGUCUCCAUUCAUGCUUAAUGUCCAGCUCCCAGGCUCGUUCCGUGGUGGCGGAGUGUCAGAUCUACAUCCUCACACGCUCUGAUCUACCAUAGCUGGUGAACUUUAUCUGCUGCGCUUUAGGCUGCUGUGUGUCAAAAAAGGAGAAAGUCUGCGGAAGGGUUUUCAUGUAUAAAAGGCAAAGGGCAGCCCUUGGUCAGUCUGUGGGAUUGUUCAGCUGGCUUCUGAGGUACUGGAUACCUCUGGUUUUAAAAACCCAACGUAAAGUGUUGCUUGAGAGAGAGUAGCAUCUCGUGGUGUCGCAGGCUGGGAGCAGAGCACGUGUUUGUCCGUCAAUAGCAGCGAAAGCUGUUCUCUUAACCUGUAGAUUUUUUUAAAAAAGCAUGUCAGUGAUUUCUUGGUUAUCUUGUGCCGGAAUCGAGUCCCAUCUGUUUGGCUUGAAGCCGAAGGAGAUGGCUUUGAGAUCGCAGUACUAGUUUUUGACACCUCCUUAAUGCCAAUGUUAUUUGUUGGCUGGCUGCUGUGUAUUCCGUGCUGAAAUCAAAGGAGGCUGAAGAAAAUUGUCAUCGUACUUUGAGAUCUGGAAAGCCCGACUUUAAAAGCAAGGGAUGUGCAAAAUGUGCCGCGCUAUCUUAAGCCGAUUUAGAGACCCACAAGAUUUUUUUUCAGGAUUUGAGAUCCUGAGAAUCAAAGCACCCUUGGUCAGACAUACUCAGGAAUGGAGAUUCCUGAGCCCUUAUAUCCCCAACUGAAGGUGGGAGGGGUGUUAUAGAGAACAGAGUCAGGAUGCAGAGGGACAAUGCAAAAUGUAAUCCGCUUGAUCAAAGCAAAAGAGAAAUACUUAGGGUUCAGAUAAUUAGCAUCUGGAGUGGGGGAAGAAUCUCUGUCUCUGUUCAGCCAUGAUGGAGGUCUACUGAGCCCUGCAGGGAAAGGGCGGGAUAUAAAUUUAACAAAAAUAAAUUAAAUAAAGAAAAA